ACCCUCCUUACAUAUAUUCUUUCUGAGUACUUAAAGGAGAAGAGUGGUCGCCGCAUGGAGGGGCUGGACUAUUACCACCUUAUCUUAUGGGUCGUAUGUCGAACAGAGAGCAGUCCCACCUUUGAGGGUUUGUUGAUGAGGCUCCUGGCAGAAACCCACUCCAGGUAUGGCAGCCUAGUAAUGCCUUUAUUGAAGCGCACCAGCGUCCUUAUCAUCAUCGAUGCACUCGAUGAGAUGAACGAUGCCUCACACCUCCUCGUCAGAGAUAUCCUGAACCAAUGUGAAUACUGUCCCGAAUUCACUUUACUUGCAACAUCCCGUCCAGAAGCCAUACAAACUAUGAAGGCAAAUACGCCCAAAACCUACAAACUUUCCCACCUCAAGCUUGAGGGCAUUUCUGUUGAUAAGAGGACGGAGUUAGCAGUACGACACUACCGCUGGCUGUGUGUCAAUAUCCCUGGAGACGAGCCCCUUCUGAGGCAGGUGAUGGAAGAGGUAGCCUGGAGGCAGAUCUUUCGACUGCCUCUUAAUAUUCUCUUCUUUGUUACUUUUUUCUAUAUCGAGCCUCAAAAACUGACGACCACCAUAACCCAGACCAAGCUGUAUCAGAAGAUCCUGGACUGGUGUGUGGAGAAGUUGCGGCACAGACUGGCUGGUAGUCCAAAAGUACCCAAAGAACCUCUCCUCGGGAUAAGAAUUAAACAUUUUUUGUUGAAGUGCUAUAAAAUUGCCUUGAAUGGGAUCAUUCACAGCAAAAUAUAUCUCAGUGAUGAUGAUAUAAUACAACUGACAGAUUUCUGUGAGGCAAAGGACCUGCCAGUGCAGGACACAUUAGCGGCCUUCUACUCUCUGCGGCAAGCAGAGGUGGGUGGGGUGAGGACAGCACAGUACCACGCUCCACACAAAGGCCUGCAAGAUUUUUUCGCAGCCUGGCACAUUCAUGAACGCCUCAACAACAACUACAAAGCGGGAGACAUCCGCCACCUACUUGACUCCACAGCAGGACAAAACUUACAGCUUUUUACUCUAAAUAACACGUUGUCUCAUCUACUUGGAUUGUUGAGCUAUCACGGUAAUCCCAAUGUCACGGCGGUAGAGGAAACCGUGGACUUGUUACAAGAGUCUGGAAUGAGAACGGAAAUCUGGAUGUAUGUGUUGGCGGACACUGAGGUCAAUAUCAACGCCAUUCGAAGAGUAGCACACCAUAUAAACGGUGAUCAUAAUAAAGGUCUGUUUGUAGAUGACAGUACACUGCACAUCGCUACUGAUCUUUUGCCUCACAUCCAUCGUAAGAAUGUCUUCAUAACGCUGAAGAGGGAUCAAAGUGGGAUAGAAACCUUGUCCUCAGGCCUUAGUCACAAUGUCUUAAUCAACUUAACGUUGAAGCACCACUUUCAACAUCCUCGCCCAGACACUUCCUCCUUUCCCCUGCUGCAAAAACUUCCCAGAAAUGACCUGAACUACUUCAUGGGCCACCUGGACGCUGAUCACUUGACGCUACUCCCAAAAGGCCUCUGGGCUCUAGCCUUGGUGGUGGCGGGAGAUGGCCACGCGCAGAGCCUGCUGCCGGCCCUGGAACAUAUCCGCGUCCUUCUCCCUAACUUACGUCUUUUGGAUCUCCACGUCCCCGUGUCUGCAGUGAGCACUGAUUCUCUUACUGCGCUCCCAUAUGAUGUGCAUGAUGUAAACCUUCGUUUGUCCGGCGUGGACAACGAGAAGAUGAAGGCAGCCGUGGAUGUCGCCAGAGCUCUUCAUCCCAGGCAGGGAAGUCACCGCCGAGUGGCUUAAAACUACCCACAUGCUGUCCUGAAGACCACCCAUCAACCCGGACUCUAGAGGAAGCCGUCCAAGCGAAUCAAGAACGAGUUCCGGGGGGCAGCAUGAGCCAAUGCAAGAUGGCGCCACUAUAAACACUCGCCUGCGCCAGAACGGGCUGGGCCGACCAUCAGGCCCCACCUGGAAGAAGCCUUGGGCCGACCAUCAGGCCCCACCGGGAAGAUGCCUACCGGCGCAAUAGGCAACAACGUAAAAAAAAUAAAAAAAAAAUAAA